UUGUUUAAAAGUAAGAAGAGCAGCAACAUGAGCAACAUGUCCUCUAACGAGUCCGAGCCCGUGUGUAAAAAACCUAAAAUUGAAACUGAAAUCGAGAAGGAAUCGGUGGAAGGUGAAACCAAUGUCCAUAAAGACCUGAAGAACUUUUCGGCGUUCUCUUUGGAUAAAAUCCUGUACAACAAUUCGAACAGAAAGUCGGUAUGUUUGCAAGGCUCUUUUGAUGGUCUUAGUGGCACAGCAAUUGUUUUGUUAGAGAAAACUGCCUUUGAGGAUGAAAAACUGAAAGAGAAGGGUGCAUUCUUUAAUGAGAAGAGCGAAUUGAAGCAGAUAUUCCAAAACGAUAUUUAUGGAAACUAUGAAUGCUUCCCAGAGUACAAUCCUAUUAAGACUACAAUAAUUCAUCCUGCCACUGAUAAGCACAUUAGCAAAUAUUCAGGUAACAUAAGUUUUAUGGUUGAUGAAACUCCAGAGCUUUACAAGAACAUCAUUUUACCUCAUAUUAUUGAAGAGCAGUUUGAUUUAUCUUGGCUAUAUAAUAUUCUUGACCACAAAAAGGAAGUAGAAAGAAUCAUUUAUGAAGAUAAUUCUGAAAGUAAUGGAUUUGUAUUGCUGCCUGAUAUGAAAUGGGAUGGUAAAACUAUUGAAACUUUACAUAUAUUGGCUUUAGUUCAUACAAGAGGUAUAAAGUCCUUAAGAGACUUAUCCAAGGAUCAUUUGACACUCUUAAAGAAUAUCCAGACCAUUGGACAGAACAUAAUCCAAGAAAAGUACAAUAUCCCAGCAAGUCAACUACGCGUUUACUUACAUUACCAGCCUUCAUUUUACCAUCUGCAUGUGCACUUCACUUACCUUCAAUUCGACGCUCCUGGUAUAUACACUGAAAGAGCGCAUCUACUCUCAAACGUCAUAAGCAAUUUGGAGCUGCUCUCCGAUUACUAUCAAAAAGUCUCACUGCCGUUCGUCGUUCAGGAGAACAGCACCCUUUGCAAGAUAUUAAAAAGCAAGGGGAUUUUAAAUUAAGAUGUUGCUGCAGAGUGUU